AGGUUUGAUUGGGUGUAGGUGAGAACACAGGUAGCCAGCUGAUGGCUGUCGAGGCGUUUUCUUGGAAUUUGCUUGAAACCUUACUUGAUGCAACCUGGAUCCGUUAGGGGAUUUUGUCGACGGUAAAACGGACGGAGUUUGGAUUUUAACAAAUGAGUUCUUUGAUACAACAGUUUUUUUUAUUUUUAUUGCCUUGAAUUUUUGUUUGAAUUUCAGUCACAAGCAAGAGCUUAGCCACGUUGUUUGCCGCAAAACCCUCACAAAAUGUCGCCAAAAGUACAGUUUCCAGCCAUUUUUUGGUGCGUAACAGGUAUUCUGGCUUACGCUCAAGAAUGUGGCCGACCACCAUUAAUGGAGAACAGGAUUGUGGGAGGGAUGGACGCUGCAGAUGGGCAUUGGCCGUGGCAGGUGGAUGUACAGAGAGGCACUGACGGUCACAUCUGUGGAGGCUCCAUCAUCACUGAGAACUGGAUCCUAUCAGCCGCUCAUUGUUUCCCCAAUCCGUCAGACGUGAGUUCUUACAUCAUCUACGCUGGCCGGUACCAGCUGAACGGCUUCAACCAGCACCAGUCGUCGCAUCGCGUGAGCCAAGUGGUGAUCCCGUACGGUUACGUUGAGCCUCACAGUGGGAUGGAUUUGGCACUGGUGCAGCUGUCCAGCCCAGUAACCUGGUCGGAUCAUGUCCGUCCUGUCUGCUUGCCUGCAUCUGGCACUCUGUUCCCAAGUGGCAUGUUGUGCACUGUCACCGGCUGGGGAAACAUCCGGGAUGAUGUCCCUCUGCAAGGAGUCGGGACUCUGCAGGAAGUGCAGGUGCCAAUCGUCUCCCAGAGUUCAUGUCAGGAGAUGUACCAGACGAACCCAACGGAGCAGGUAGACAUCCUGUAUGACAUGAUCUGCGCUGGAUACCAGGAGGGCGGCAAGGACUCCUGCCAGGGUGAUUCAGGAGGGCCGCUUGUCUGCCAGAUGGUAAAUGGGACCUGGGUGCAGGCUGGCGUGGUGAGUUUUGGACUGGGCUGUGCUCACACAAACAGGCCGGGCGUGUACACCAGGCUGACCAGCUACUCAAGUUUCAUCAGCGACACGAUACCAGAGAUUAGGCUGUACGGCCGAGCUGAUCGUAGCUGGUGUGGGAGGGCUGCUGUGUCGGUCAGCUUUGUGUCCACUCUGCUGAUCCUGCUUCAGAGAUAAACUACUUUGAGAACUGGAUGUCUUAGAGGUUGAAUGUAAACCAGGCCAAAUGAAGGAGGUUAAUCGUGAAUGUGUGACUUAAGUCCGAAGUGAUCCUGAAUAGUCAAACUAGAAAACCGUAUCUGAUGUAUACAUGAAGCCAUAUUGAACAGGAAAUGUACUAUAACCUUAAUUUUUAGUGUAACUCUGCAUCACAAUCUUUGAGUCAAAGUAGUUUUGAUAGGUUUGUAUUUUAAAUCAUAAUUAUGAGCUAAAUAAAUUAUGUCUUCUAUAUUUGAAAUAAAUUGUUAAUUUGA